CUCCCAUGCUUUCUAGUACUUGAGAGAGAAACCAAAGGCAGCCCACCUCCUCUUCUUCAAAACCGCACCCUAUUCUUCCCUAUUUGCAUCGCAUUUGUUCUUGAAUCUCUCGGUAUUCCCAGAGCCCCCAACUCUGAGUGAGAGAGAGAGAGAGAGAGAGAGAGAGAGAGAGAGAGAGAGAGAGAGAGAGAAUAAUGUUCCAACACCAACACCAACACCACAAGAAGCCAUCAACUAUGACUUCCCAUGACAGACCCAUGUGUGUCCAAGGGGACUCUGGCCUUGUCCUCACCACUGACCCUAAGCCUCGUCUCCGAUGGACUGUCGAGCUCCAUGAACGCUUUGUCGAUGCUGUCACUCAGCUUGGAGGACCAGACAAGGCUACACCUAAAACUAUCAUGAGGGUUAUGGGUGUGAAGGGUCUUACACUUUAUCACCUCAAGAGCCACCUCCAGAAAUUUAGGCUUGGAAAGCAACCUCACAAGGAAUUCAAUGACCACUCAAUCAAGGAUCAUGCAUCUCCACUGGAUCUCCAACGAAAUAGUGCAUCUUCUUCUGCCAUAAUAGGCCGCAGUAUGAAUGAGAUGCAAAUGGAGGUGCAGAGAAGACUGCAUGAACAAUUGGAGGUCCAGAAACACCUUCAGUUGAGAAUCGAGGCUCAGGGAAAGUACAUGCAAAGCAUAUUAGAGAAAGCCUGCCAAACACUUGCUGGUGAGAACAGUAUGGCAGCUGCUGCUGCAGGAAGUUACAAGGGUAAUAUUGGAAACCAAGGUGUCAACCCUACUGACAUGGGAGCGUUGAAAGAUUUCAAUUCUUCUCUCAACUUUCCAUCUUUUCAAGACCUUAACAUAUAUGGAGGAGACCACCUCGAUCUUCAACAAAACUUGGACAGGCCACCUCUUGAUCACAGUUUCAUGCCGACUAACGAUAACAACAUUUGCUUGGGAUCAAAGAAAAGGCCUAGCCCUUAUAGUGGUAGCGGCAAGAGCCCUUUGCUUUGGUCUGACGAUCUCCGGCUUCAAGACUUGGGAACAGCCGCGUCAUGUCUUGGACCUCAGGAUGAUCCUUUCAAAUCAUCAGAUUCAAUUCAAAUUGCUCCGCCAUCUAUCGAGAGAGGCUCAGAGAUCGAUUCUAUUUCAGACAUUUACGAAUCCAAGCCAAUGUUACAAGGAGAUGACAAGAAGUUUGAUUCAGCAAAUACACUCGAAAGGCCUUCGCCACGGAGAGCACCACUAGGCUCGGACAGGAUGAACCCCAUGAUUAACAGUGGUAUUCGACAAGGAAGAAAUUCACCUUUCGGGUCAGCCCAAAAUCAAUAUUAAGAUUUGAAGGAUGAGAUCGAUCUAGGGUUUUGGUCCAUGCACGACAUGAAGGUUUUCUUUUUAUUUUGUUUUUUUCUUGUCGGGAUGUUCAUGCUGGUUAUUACGUCAUAUUAGGUUUCUACUAAAUUAAAGUAUGAUAAAUGCCAUGCAUGGCAAACCUAUAAAGUUACACUGUUAAAUUUAUCAGCACAUUUGUAGCUUGAUACCUAAUUUCCACAUUUCCAUGGAUGUCGUGGUAAAUUUGAUCUUGACAUGAAUAAGUACUAUAUAUGAGUGGCAAUGUGCAA